AUGUCGUCCCGAGUCACUCCAACAUCUCACCUCGCAUCAGCAACAUCUCCCAUGGACCGCACGGAAGCAUGGACAGCAUCGCAGGCCGCCGAUCUGCUAGCCGCGACAUCCCUCACUCCACGUCCAAUGACCAAUCCCUUCCCCCUCGCCCGCGAAACCCAAGUCAAACUCGCCAUCCCGCUCGAUGAUGCCGAAGAUAAGCAGCAGUCAGCCGCGCGGCGGAAAGCAACGAACGACACGCACAAAGUCUACGGCGUGCGUACGCUCAUGCGCCGCGAUAGUCAGCGGCGGCGCGACGCGCUACUCCAAGGCAAAGAAGGCAGUCGCCGACGACGGAAAUGGGAGAACGACAACCUGCUGAACAACCCGCACGCGUCGCGGCCGGAAGACGUGGGCCCGGAGGACUGGCUCGUGAAGCCGACGUAUCCUGUCAAUCACGUGCCGUACUGCCUCGCGCCGCUGUGGGACGCGCAGUAUGCGCGCUUGAGCGAGAAGCGGAAGUCGAAGGUGGAGGAGGCGAAGAAGCCGGGGGAUGAGGAGGUGGCGAGGGCGGCGAAGGUGGAGCAGGAGUUGAGGGCGACGCUGAAGCGGGCGCGAGGGGCGAAGGGCUUGCUGCAGGAUUUGGAGAGGGAGGUGAGGGGCUUUGUUGCGCAGUGGGACGCAAAGCAGCGCGAGUUGGAGCAAGAGGGUUUGAUUGAUGCGGAUAGUGAGGAUGAGGAGAUCGUGUUUGUUGGAAGGAAUGGGGCCAUGAGUGAUGAGACGAGGAAGAACAAGCAAGACGAGAUGUUGGUGAAAGACAAGUUGAUCUUUCAGAGCCUGGUUGACGACCAUGGUGCUGCCUUUGGUCGCUACCUCGUGCAUUCCAUCGCCCAGUACUACGGCCUGAAGACAUGGUCUGUCACCGUCCCCGGUGAUCCAGCGAGGCGAGAAGCAUACGUCGGACUGAAAACAGAUCCGAUCACCAGACGACCGAGUUUGCCCAUGGUGCAGAUGCCCCGGCCGUUGUGGACGGUGGUAUGA